CGUCACACUCCAACUCCGAGCACACAUGCGGGCCAAUGGAACGUCUCCAAGCCACCCCAGCCAAGUAUUCUCCUCAGGAUAUCUCGGUGCCUGGAGGCGUCAGCAUCAGCAGAGGUCAACAACAGCAGGAACAACAACAGAGGAUCGUUUGGCCCUUCAGCGCAUCUGCCCGCCCGCCUUCGUGGAUCCUACGCAGCCAGGCCUGCCUGCAUGGCUUACGACGACGCAAGUGUUGACCGACAUUCUAUGAGACCCAGCCGCAGGGAGUAUCGGAUCCACCAGAGGGAGAUCUGGAGUCUCUAGUCCCUGAUAACGAUACCCUUCCUCCAUCGAUUCGCCAUAGCAAAGCACACACCAUGGAUUCAAACACGCACAGCAGAGCCAUAGUCGACGCCUGUAUGCUGGGCGGCUGGCACUCUCCAAACUAUAGCGCCAUCCCACACGUACCCCACAUCGGUUUUGCCGGCAACGAUCCAACCGAUGAGCGCCUCGUCAAAUGCUGUGCUCCAGUGCCAGUCAACUACCAGCCCCCUUGCACGCUCUGGUGCGCGCUCAACCCACUUGAGGCUCCCGGAGAGUAUUUUUACGCUUGCCUCGCGAAAGAGGGCGUCGUGUUACAGUCAGCCUUUGGGAGUGGUGGUCACUCACCAACAUCGUCCAAGCAGCCUGCAAAACAUCCGGGGUCGUGGUCCGGCGAGGCCGGGUCAACAAUAACGCCAUUGAGGAUAGUGGCGCUGGUCUUGGCCAUUGCGGGCGGGCUCGGGCUUGCGUUUGCAGUGGUCCAAUGGAGGAGUUGGCGGUGGCGGAAGGCGGAUUUCGGAGGGAUCAGGAAGCCGUGGUGGCAAGGUACACUGAGAGACAUUGACAUUGCGCUGCCCGCGGUCGAGCAAAGGUGACAUUUUCAUGGUGGUGGCUAGGUCCAGUUCUCCUUUUCCCUCAGAUAUGGGGCUUGAAAUAGGGAAAGCCAGAGGGGAGAUGAAUAAGAAUACAGCUUGCUCCCGACAACUGUUGUCGCCAGGCACGUAGCAGACGAUAUUCCUCACACUUACGCUGGAUGUAGAUUGAAG